AUGGCUCCUCUUGAGCGUAUGUUGAUUGUAAUGGAUACCCGAUGGAUCGACAAACACGUGUCACUGGUGAGACUGCGCGGGGAGGCUGGGAAGGAGGCCGUCUGCCAUACGCUCAUGCGGAGAACAUACCGCGGAUGGAGAAGGGGCUUCGACACUUCUGGGUUGACACCUGCUGCAUCGAUAAGACAAGUAGCGCCGAGCUAUCAGAAGCAAUCAACUCGAUGUUAUCGUUGGUACCAAGAGUCAAAUAUCUGUUUCGCCUACCUAAAGGAUGUUACAAUUGAAUUCCCAUAUCGAAAUGGUCAAUGGCCAAUGUUCGAUUGUUCUCAUGGGGCUGGACUCUUCAAGAACUCCUUGCGCCACGGGAGCUCGAGUUCUUCGCGAAUGACUGGACACUCAUUGCGCAUCCAUGCUCAAGCUCUUGCGCAUCGACCCCUGGACAGCGUCAGCGUUGCUCAGAGGAUGUCUUGGGCUUCUAGCAGGAUGAAGACAAGGCCAAAAGACAUCGCAUACGGUCUUCUUGGUCUCUUCGACGUAAACAUGCCACUAUUGUUGCAGAAAGAGAUCAUAAAAGAAUCUGAUGACCAACCAUUGUUUGCCUGGAGCCAAACCCGCACACGCAGCGACAUGCUAUGCGGUCUCCUGGCAGACUUCCCAGCUAACUUUGCUUCGGCGAGUGCUAUUGUUCUAGUCCGAGACCUAAAGAUCAGCAAUCCAUACUCAGGGCGUGAUAUGCAGUUCCUGGCCGUCGAUGAGGAUCGGACUUGA